AUGGCUCGCGCUUCUAAAGACUACGACGAGAUGGACCCCAAGGUCGAACAUACGGAGAGCCAGGUGGCGGCUGACGCGGAGCGUAGAGCUCAUCUGACGAAGACUCUGCUCUUCAAAGUCGACACUAGGGUCCUGCCGCUCCUGGCGCUGCUCUUCCUCUGCUCCUUUCUCGACCGAACCAACGUCGGCAACGCAAAGAUUAUCGGUAUGGAAGAGGAUCUCGGCAUCACCAACAGCCAAUACAACCAAGGCUUGGCCGUCUUUUACGCGACGUACAUUGCCAGCGAACUGCCAAGCAAUCUGGUGCUGAAGAAGGUCUCACCCAGAAUCUGGCUUCCGUUCCUGACGGUCGCAUGGGGGAUUGUCACCAUGUGCCUCGGCUUCGUCCGUAGCUACGGGAGUUUUGUCGCCGUUCGUGCGAUACUUGGUAUGACUGAAGGAGGCCUACUCCCAGGAAUGGUGCUCUAUCUGUCUGGGCUCUACACUCGUGGCGAGUUGGCGUUGAGGAUAGGUAUCUUCUACACGGCUGCGUCUCUGAGCGGCGCCUUUGGCGGAUUGCUUGCCAGAGGCUUGUCUGCUAUUGGUCCCAGCGGCAAUCUCGAGGGUUGGAGAUGGAUCUUCAUCAUUGAGGGUCUCAUCACGGUGGCCUGUGGAAUCAUCGCAGCGAUCGGCCUGCCAAACAACUUGGCCACAGCCAAGAUCUUGACUCCCGAAGAGCGGGAGUGGGCUAUGAUGCGGCUCCAGAGUCAAGGCGGGGAGAGGUUCAAUACUGCUAGCGAGCGAGAAGAGAAGUUUCGCUGGUCUGAAGUUGGCCGCGGCGUCCUCAACGUCCAAGUGUGGUUGAGCUCGACUGCCUACUUUGCGAUUCUUUCUGGCCUGUACUCAUUCGGUCUUUUUCUCCCCACAAUCAUCAAUGACCUUCACAUCGCUUCCAACGCCAACCAAUCCCAGCUUUGGUCCGUCAUUCCCUACGCUGUUGCCACUCCUGUCACUGUUCUCGUAGCCUUCUUGUCAGAUCGUCUCCGGGUGCGCGGCCCUCUCAUGCUCGCCGUCUUGCCAAUUUCCAUCAUCGGCUACGCCGUCAUCGCCAACGUCACCGCACCACAGACGAGGUUCGCAAUGACAUGUCUCAUGGCCAUCGGCAUGUACAGUGCCGUUCCGUGCGUUUUGAGCUGGAACUCGAACAACUCCGCCGGCCAUUACAAGCGAGCGACUACAUCAGCGGUGCAGCUGGCUGUUGCCAACUGCGGAGGAUUCGUUGCAACUUUCGUAUACCCCAGCUCUCAAGGCCCAUUCUACCACCAGGGUCAUUCCAUUAUCCUUGGUCUGCUCUGCUACGCCUGGGUCGCGACACUUUUGAAUGUUCUCUGGUGCUCCAAGAUCAACCGUGACAAGGCUGCGGGCAAGUACGAUGAAUACAUCGGUACGGGCGAUGAUCGCGAGCCCGAGUUCAAGAUGGUCUUGUAA